GUUUAUCUUAUUUGUAUUUAAUUAGCUCUAAGUAUUAUUGCUUUGCUGUUAAAAUCUAAAAAAUAAUAUAUUUUGCUCACUAUUGAUAUACUUUUUUCCUCAAUACUAAUAGAAAAUUGCUUUUAAAGCUAAUUCUAAACUAUUUAAUUUUUAAUUGCCUACAUAUUAGUUCUACAUAAAAUAUCAUUUAGCAUAGAUGAGACUAACUUUAAAAAAGUUUUUAAGAAUGCUAUCAAAAUAUUAGUUUUGCUUUACUUUCUUGUAAGAAGUUUAUAUUCUUCAGAUUUUUCUUUAUCUUAAAUGUUUUUAGUUUCUGAAAUAUGCUUCUGUAUUCUAUUUAUACUUUUUUUUGAGUAUAGAUCAUGUUCGUUAAAUGAAAAAAUUAAUAAUUAGUAAAAUUAAAGCCAAUAAAUGAUGAAGCAACAAGAUUCACAUACAAUUAAUUUGGAAGAUACAAUCAAAAUUUAAGAUUUUUCAGGAUAUCCAAUGGCUUAAAAUGACUAAAGUUUGGCCAAAAGUGGAAUAGAGUUUAAACCUCUAGUUAAAAAUACACUUUUACUUACUAAAAAAUUAGAUAUUAGUGGUUCAUAAAAUCAUGGAAUAUGCUAAUCUAUUGAAAUGAACGAAUAAUUAAUUUAGUAAGAACAAAUUCACUCACGAAGUUUUGGAUAAAAAAACUUUCAAAAGAGAAAUCUCACAUUUUUUUAGAGAUAAAAAAGGAAUUCUUAAAGAAAUUUAACAACUCUUUUAUUAAAAUAGUCUGUAAAAACAAGUUUAGAAAAGGACAUUUUAAACUUUCUUUUUGCAGGCGUGCUUAUGAUAGACUACAAAAAAAAAAUCAUUUAUUAAAAUGAUUAAAUUGAAUAAUUAAUUUAAAAUUGUAAGAGCUAAUAAAUUUUUGAAAUCAUUCUUGGUUUAAACCUAUCAAAUUAAGAUAAUAAAGCUUAAAAAAAUAGCAAUAAUAAUAAUAAUAAGCAUAUAGAUUUCUCCAGAUCUCAAUUAGAUGAAUAUCAAAAUGAAGAAUGCGCCAAAUUAGAUGAUCAAAAUUAAUAAUUUAAAAAUUUUUUGGAAACAUUUAAUUAAAGGAUUAAAAAUUAGCAAUCAUUUUAGAAAAAAAUAAAUACCAAAAGUAUAGGUGGCAGCAACACUCGUUAAUAACCAUAAUCUAUGAUAAGAUCAAGGAAUACCAGCCUACUUGAAAAUAUUACUAAUACUAAAUAAAAUAAAUCAUCAUCAGAAUCUUUUGACUCUGAGUUGCAAGAUAUUUAUGAUAGUAGCAAGAUCCAAAGUUCCGAAAAUGGGGCUUUUAGUAAAAAUAAUUUUUUUGAAGAGGAUUAGAAUAAAAAGUUAUUUUAGAACAAAUUGAAAAAGUAACCAUCAUCUGGUCUUUCAAAUUAUGGUAAACUUGUUAAAAAUGGUAACAUAUCUGAGUGUAAAAUACUGCUAGAGGCGCUGAAUAGGUAAGACAGCACUUUGUAAACUAUAAUUGAUAUAUUAUUAGAAAAAAAUUAUUGGAAAGACUUUUGGAAAAGACAUGUUAUUCAUACUGAUACAGAUAUUUGUGCAAAUAACGAAAGUGAUUAAAAGAGAGAUCCUUAAUUAGAAUAAAAACAGAAUUAUAUCCUUUAAGGCAAUAGUAUUUCUUUUUAGAUAAAUAUGAAAACAGACAAGAAGUCUAAAGAAAGGCCAUUUUAUUUAAAAUUGAGCUCAUUUUUAACAUAAAAAGCUUAUUAGCAAAAAGGAUUGAAUCGCCAAAAAAUUAAAAUGGUUUUGCUAAUUGAAAUAAUUCCUUUAAAAAAUAUUUUAACUUCUUUGUAGGAAUCUGAACUAAACAACUUCAAGAACAAAGUAAUUUCUUCACUUUCACAUGAAUUGAGAACACCCUUGAAUUGCUCUAUUUAGAUGUUAGAGCUACUCUUACAUAGUGAAAACUAAAGUGUCUCUACAAAAACUCUUGUCUCAUAGCACAAUUUUUAGAUAUCUGACGAAGUUAAGAAAAUGUUUAUUUAUCCUGCUCUUAAUUCAAGCUAUCUACUUCUUAGCAUGAUAAAUGAUAUAAUUGAUUUUGCUCAAAUAAACUCAGGUAAGCUUAGACUGUAUUUCUCUUCCUUUAACAUUAGAGAUUUAAUAAAAGAUUGUGUAUAACUUUUUACUCUUUAAGCCACAAUAAAAAAUUUAGAAAUAUUAGUAAAUAUUGAUCCACUAAUCCCUCAGCUAGUGCAUUCAGAUCAAAAUAGGAUAAAAUAAGUAUUACUCGCUCUACUAAGUAAUGCUAUCAAAUUUACCGAUAAAGGAUUUGUUUCUAUAACAGCAGAAAAUUAUUAAUAAGAUCUCAUCAGGAUUUCAGUGGAAGAUACAGGAAAUGGUAUAACGCCAGAAGUGAAGUCUUAAUUAUUUAAAGGAUUUUAAAACUCAAACAGUAUUAAAAGCAGCAGUAGAUAGAGUAAGAUGUCUCAUAAUUUAGGGAAAAAUCGAAGCCUGUCAAUUUAAACAAUUAAAGCUAACUUAAUGCAAAAUGCAUCGUUGACUAUGAAAAAGUCCUAACAAUUUACAAAUCAAAGAUCCUCUUAGAAUUACCGUUCAUCAAUAUUUGGUGAAGAAAAUAUAGAAAUAAGUGAGAACAUCACAAGAAAAGAAGUGAAUACAAUAUUUGCUAAGCUAAAUAGCAUGUCUUUUGGUGAAGCAGAGGAGUAAAACAACACAAAUAUAAAUAAAAGCUCAUGUUUAUCAUAAAAUGCUGGAAUAGGAUUGACUAUAGCGAAUCACUUAGCACAAGGACUAGGAGGAAAUAGAUCGAUAAUUGUAGAAAGCGAGAUAAACAAAGGAUCAUCUUUUAGAUUUUUUUUUAUUAAUCAACCAAGCAAAUCAAAAGGAAUUAAGCAAAAUUAGGGUCAUGCAUUUGAAAAAAGUUAUUAAGCUUGGAAAACAAUAUAAUCAGAAUAAAAUUAAACACAUUCUUUGCAGUCUUUGCAAUCAAAUUAGAAUCCCAAUUCAUUCCUAGCAAGAUAAAAUGAAACUAUAAAUUUAGAAUAAACUGCUAAUAUUUUAGAAUAAUAGUAGUAGUAAGGCUUUUAGCUAAUUUAUUAAGAUCAAAAUUAAGUUUAAGAAGAGGAAGAAGAUGAGCUUGAUGAAGAGAAUGAAGAAGAAAAUGAAACAGAUGUUAAAGAAUAUGAAGAGAUUGCAGGAUAUAAUUGUAAUUAUAAAAACGAAGAUCAUAGAGACUUAAUAAGCAAUUCUAUUCAUUCAGAUUCUUGCAACGUCAUUAUUGAUAAAUCCGAACAACGAAUUCCAUAAAAUCCAUAAACAAUGUAAAUAGAAGUGGCUUACAAGAAGUUUGAAGAACCUUUUUAUGAUGAUCAUUUCGUUACUAAUGAAGCCAAAAAUAAUUAAAAUAAAGAUCGAAACUCUGCAUAAUAAGAUAUAAAAAAUUAAAUUAAAUACGAUGAAAAUAUUUAUUCGAUUAAUGACCUAAAGAGAUACUCUAAUUUUAAUCGUUAAGGAUCUGGCUAUGAUUAAGAAAUAAUAAAUAUUCAAGAGAGUUUAAGAAACUUUCUUAAAACUUCAUUCGCUAUAUAAAAUGUUUAUUGCAAUGUUGCCUAAAAUUAGUCUAUGAAUCAAAUCAAUUCAAACAGCAUCUGUAAAAUUAAUAUGAAUGAUUUAGGAAGCGGUGUCAUUCCUCCUAGCCCGCAAUUUAAUCAAAUGCAUAAAAAAUAAUCACACAAAAAAUAAAAAAGGAACUCUUAUACAAUUUCUAUGGUGCCAACUGAUUAAAAUUAAAAAAAAGACAAUGCUAAAAGUAUAUAAUCAUAAAAUAAUUUAUCAAAUAAAGAUAGCCAAAUUUCAGUAGCCAUUAUUUCAGAAGGUUCAUAUCAACAAAUUUAAAAGCCAUAAGAAACAGCUAAUGAAUAAAUUGUUAGCUUAGUAAGUCUAAGCCAUUAAAAAUAUUUUACUCCAGAAAAUAAAAAUAUUUAACUCUCACCUAAAGGUGAAAAUAAAAAAAUAAUUGUUUCUUAAGAAUAAGAAUUCUCAGGGAAACAAAAAUAGUGCUCAUGUAAUUAAAUUCUCAUAGUAGAUGAUAAUGAUUUUAAUUUGAUUUCGCUAGAAAUGAGGCUUCUUAGAUAAUAUCACCUUAAGGUAGAUAAAGCUAAUAGUGGUUUUGUAGCUAUUAAUUUAGUUUAAAAAAAGUUGACAAAUUUAGAAUGUUGCUAAACUUAUAAACUUAUAUUUAUGGAUAUCGAUAUGCCUGUAAAAAAUGGUCACUAAACAACUAAAGAAAUUUUGAGUUUGUUCUCAUCAUAAAUUGUUAAACCACCUAUUAUAUCAGCGUGUACAGCCUAUAGCUAAGAUGCAGAAAGAAAAAAAGCAUAAUAAAGUGGUAUGAAAUUUUACAUAACUAAACCAAUUGAUGUUUAACAGCUUGAGAAUGUAUUAAGAUAAGUUUAGUUAAUUUAAUCAAAUAAUAAAAAUACCUAAUAACAAUGA